GCUGUCGGCGGAAGAGCACCAGGCGCGGCCCUCUGCGACAAGAUGGGCGACGCUACGCAUGCGAAGCGGCACCGCGCGGCCGCCAAUGCGCCCGCGGCUUCGACGAAAAGCGAGAGCCUGCUGGCGCAGUUGUCCAGGGCCCACUCCAAGGCCAGGACCGCGGAGGAGAAGUUGGACGCCGCGGCCCACGCGGAUGUCUUGCGUGACGAGCUCGAGCAGACAGAGUCUGAGCACGGCGAGCUGGACAUCCUUGAUGCCGACAAGCUGCCCAACCUGCUGAACCUGUCAGCGAUUGGCAUCUUCGAGAUGGACGAGCUGGAAUACGAGCUCACGCCUGGCAUCUCUUCGCUGGUCGCCAGCUCGCUCAAGGACUGGAAGGCCAAGGUGGACCCACUCCGCGCUGACCAUGAGGCCCACCUCAAGAGGCCGGCGGCCAAGCGCAG